AUGGCGCCUUUGCGCAAGCGUUAUCCGCCACGAUAUAAUAUGGGUCUUUGUGAGGCCAAAUUUGGCAAAGUCACAGUAUUCAUUGGUUAUCUAGAAAACGUCCUCAGAGGAGAGAAGUUUCGUGUGGCACAAGAUACGAUCAAAUGCUACUUGAAAGGUGUUAAUUACAAGUUGAUGACGGUCAAUUUGGAAAAUGAUGAGCGAACAAGGAAGCUGUGCUACAAAUAUAACGACGUAAUGAUAAAAUCUUUUAACGUUUGA